AUUGCGGUCAUACUGGCAGUGACAUAAUUUUGAAACAACACAAUAAUUGACUGCUUAAUUUGGUUACCAAAUUGUCAUGAAACUAAGAUGGCAAAUGGUAAAUGGAUGUCUACGCCAGCAAUGGCGAAACCAUACAAAUAUUAUAACUGCAUCAGCCGCCCCAGUAACCGCUUCUGAACUUAAAGUAAACAAAUCCACUGCACGUGAAACUUUCGUGGAGCGAGUCGAACGCGGUCCUGGACUGAAGGAUUUCUUUACUGUGAGGCCCAAACAACGACUGAUUGAGGACAACGAGAUUUCAGAUACCAGCAAUAAUAUACCUUAUUUGAAUGCUAUAGAUUACAAUGGUCAUGGCAGAAAGGUGUACUUUGAAAUCUACGGCUGCCAGAUGAACUCAAACGACACUGAAGUUGUGUGGAGCUUGUUGCAAGAGCAUGACUAUCAACGUAGUAAGGAUGUGGCUGACGCUGAUGUGAUAAUGCUGAUCACCUGUGCUGUGCGUGAUGGCGCUGAGAAAAAGAUCUGGAACCGUUUGAAGCAUCUACGGGCGCUCAAAGAUCGGCGAGGACACAAAAGACCGCUACAAUUAACACUUUUGGGUUGUAUGGCAGAGCGAUUGAAGGAGAAACUUAUCGAGCAGGAGCAAUGUGUCGAUGUCAUUGCGGGUCCCGAUAGCUAUAAGGAUUUACCAAGACUGCUAGCUGUAGCUCGACACUAUGACAAUGCGGCAAUCAAUGUGCUGCUCUCUUUAGAGGAGACAUAUGCAGAUGUGAUGCCGGUGCGGCUAAACUCCGAAUCCCCAACAGCUUUUGCCUCAAUUAUGCGCGGAUGUGAUAACAUGUGCUCCUACUGCAUCGUGCCUUUUACACGUGGUCGCGAACGUUCCCGUCCUCUCACGUCGAUCGUACGCGAGGUCAAGAACCUCCAGCAACAGGGAGUCAAGGAAGUGACUCUGCUUGGACAAAAUGUUAACUCCUAUAGAGACAGAAGUGGCGAACCUGCAGGAAAAAUUGAUAAUAACGUGGUGCCUGGGUUUAGCACUGUUUAUAAACCUAAAACUGGUGGACUGCCAUUCUCAACGCUGCUGCAAAAUGUUGCCGAGGCUGUUCCGGAAAUGCGGAUACGUUUCACAUCGCCACAUCCGAAGGAUUUCUCCGAUGAUGUACUUCACAUCAUUCGAGAUUAUCCCAAUGUCUGCAAACAGUUGCAUUUGCCUGCCCAAUCUGGUAGCACUUCGGUGCUGACCAGAAUGCGACGCGGCUACACUCGGGAAGCUUACCUGCAGCUAGUGGAACAUAUUCGUGGCAUACUGCCAGAUGUGGGCCUUUCAAGUGAUUUCAUUUGCGGCUUCUGCGGCGAAACGGAGGACGAGUUUGAAGACACAAUUUCGUUGAUCCGCAGUGUACGCUACAAUGUGGCGUUUCUGUUUGCCUACAGCAUGCGCGAGAAAACAACGGCGCAUAGACGGUACGUGGACGAUGUUCCAUCCGAGGUAAAGACGGCCAGGUUAAAACGCAUGGUAGAGGCAUUCCGAGAAGGUGCCACAAAAUUGCACAGACACUUUGAGGGUCGGGAACAGCUCAUCUUAGUUGAGGGCAAAAGCAAACGUUCCGACAACUAUUGGUUUGGGCGCAACGACGCCAACAUCAAAGUUAUUGUGCCGGCAACAGCUUUGCCAUUGACACAGAACAGUGGGCAGCUUAAGGACAUCAAUGUAGGUGAUUUUGUAGUCGCCAAAGUUGUGGACUCAAACUCCCAAGUUCUGAAAGGUAUUCCGCUACGCUACAGCAGCAUUUGCGAUUACCACAACAGUAGCAAAACCAGAUUAAAGCAAGUUCAAUAAAAAUGAUUUAAUUACUUUAUUGAAACCUAAUCUUUGUACAUCACAUUUCCAUGGUGGCUUCCUUACUCGUCGCUGACAGUACAUCAUCACUUCUGCCGUGGUAUUUGCCAAUAUUACUACGAUAGAAGGCAAAUAUGUCCGCACUGGCGGCUCGACAAAUACAUUCGAUAUCAUUGAAUUGAGCAAUCUUGAAGGAACCCUUUGUUUGCACCAAUAAUAAAUUUCCAUCGACCGAGUCAAAAGCGAAUGUGAAGCUGGCUUGUUGAUGCACUGUUUCACUCAGUUCUGGGUCCACGAUAAACUCUCCCUCCUCAUUUAUAAUACAGUGCACCGCAGCAAAGCUGUAUUUCAAAGGCAAGCCGCCAAUCAACAUUGAUAGGCAAGCUGCAUUUAAAGCACACGCGUCUAUCUAUAAUAAAAUUGUUAUAUGCAACUCUAUAGCUGUUAUAUUUACAAAGCUUACGCUGCCACGAUCCUCUAGUUCCUGAAUCUGUACAGACAUCUUUGAGCGAGGAUAUAUCUCGCUUAGUAGCGCAAGUUCCAACACAUCUCGAAUGGCCGCCUCACGUAUGCGUUCUUUCACCUGCGGCAAGCCGGCCUUGGGACGAUAAUUGCACUCCAAGUAGCUACACUCGAUGCUUAGACUCUGCGUCUUCACCUCAAUAGGCCCCAUCACAGCAGCGAUGACCACUGUAGCACCUGUGCAAUAAGAAAGAGUGCAAUCAGCCGGCAUUCGAGCACAAUGACAUCUUAAGAAAACUAACCUUGGCUGUACAUCACUGAGCCGUCGCAGCGAGAAAGCGGAUUGAACUUGCAUUUCAUCAAGCGCAAUUUGUCCUUAGCGACUUCUUCUGUAUCGGAUUUACCCAUAGUUGUUUAUUGAAUUUGUGAACUGCAAUUGAAAUUAUCAAUACGAAAACAACGUGCGC